ACAUGUUUGAAAUUAGUGUACUGAACUACUGACUACUGAACUUCAAUGUGAUCCGGCUCCUGCUUCCACCUAAUUUGUUUUUUAGUAGUAACUUCAUUAUAUUAUACAAUGGGUUUUGACCGAGGUGGCCGUGGUGGUGGACGAGGAAGAGGUGGUGGUGGAGCUCCUCGAUUCUCAGGUGGUGGAGGACGUGGUGGUUUUGGUGGCGGUGGUCGUGGUGGCGGAGGUGGUCGAGGAGGUGGUGGUGGUUUCGGAGGUGGCGGUGGCUUCCGUGGACGAGGUCGUGGUGGAGGUGGCCGAGGUGGUGGCGGAAGGCCAUCCGGGGGACCCGGAGGCUUCAAAGGCGGUAAAAAAGUUAUAAUUGAGCCUCAUCGUCAUGCUGGAGUCUUCAUUGCCCGUGGUAAAGAAGAUGCACUUGUUACCAAAAACAUGAUUCCUGGAGAAACCAUUUAUGGUGAAAAGAGAAUAAGUGUUGAUCAGACUGAAGGAGAUAAAAUUGAAUACCGUGUGUGGAAUCCUUUCAGAUCAAAAUUAGCUGCUGCUAUAUUAGGUGGUAUUGAUGAAAUCCAUAUGCCACCUGGAUCAAAAGUAUUAUAUUUAGGUGCUGCUAGUGGAACAACUGUAUCACAUGUUUCUGAUGUUGUAGGACCUGAAGGCCUUGUGUAUGCAGUAGAAUUCUCACACAGGUCUGGUCGUGAUUUGAUUAAUGUUGCAAAGAAAAGAACUAAUAUCAUUCCCAUUAUUGAAGAUGCAAGGCAUCCUCAUAAAUACAGAAUGUUAAUUGGAAUGGUAGAUACAAUUUUUGCUGAUGUAGCUCAACCUGAUCAAGCUAGAAUUGUUUCAAUUAAUGCACAAUAUUUUUUAAAGAACGAAGGUCACUUUGUUAUAUCUAUUAAAGCAAAUUGUAUUGACAGUACAGCUGAACCAGCUGCAGUAUUUGCACAAGAAAUUGAGAAACUAAAGGCUGAUAAGCUUAAACCAACUGAACAGCUUACACUGGAGCCCUAUGAAAGAGAUCACGCUGUUGUAGUUGGUGUAUUUAGACCAGUUCCAAAGGGAAAGUAAACUUCGACUAAAUGAUUUUUUAACACAUAACAAGUUUUUGUACAAAUACUCGAUGAAACCAAUGUUUUUACUUAAAAAAUAUAAGUAUUUAAGCAUUUUAUUUCUAAUAAAAAUUGGAUUUUUAUUUUAUAAUA